AUGGUGCUGCAAACACAUUCAAGUAAGCAUGUUCAUGUAGAUAAAGAUGGUGGUGGCUGUAAAGGAACUUUGAAAAAAGUUCUUGACACAAGAAUUGACUCUUGUAUUGAUAAAAAAGGACCUAAUUAUCAUAAUGGAUAGGAAGCAUAUCCACAUAUCAGUUCGCCUGUGUUUGACCCUUUUGAUGAUUACAAAAGAUCUAUAGUUUCCAUCAUCAAUGAAUACUUUAGCUCUGGGGAUGUGGCAGUGGCUGCAUCAGACCUCAGAGAAAUUGGUCUGAGUGAGUACCAUCCCAGACUUGUUUCCAAGGCCAUGGACAGGAACCAUAAGGAGAAGGAGAAGGAGAAGGCUUCUAUGUUACUUUAUGGGUUGUACUCUGUUGUUGUUUCACCUGAUCAAAUCAAGGUUGGGUUUAUCAAACUUCUUGAGUGGGUCGGUGAUUUUACUUUGGACGUACCUGAUGCUGUUAACCUCCUUGCUUUGUUUAUUGCCCGAGCCAUCGUAGAUGAAAUUCUUCCUCCUGUUUUUCUAGCUAGAGCAAAGAAGACUCUACCUGAAUCGUCUUGAAGGGUUUCAAGUUAUCUUUUGGCUCCUCACCACGCAGAGCUAGUGGAGAACAAAUGGGGUGGGAGUAUUAGAUGUAGGUUUCUAUAUCUAAUAGGGAGCACUCUCAUAACAACGGUUGAAGAAACAAAGAUAAAGAUAUCAAAAGUUCUGAAGGAAUACAUGGAGACUCGCGAAGCUUGUAGAUGCAUCAGAUAGCUAGGCGUCUCUUUUUUCCAUCACGAGGUCGUGAAGAGGUCUUUGGUUCAAGCCAUGGAGUCUCCAACAUUGGAACCCCUGGUGCUAAAACUAUUGAAAGAAGCUGCCGAGUAAGGUCUCAUCAGUUCGUGUAAAAUGGCUAAAGGCUUCUCCCGUGUAGACCAAGAUGCCUUCAAAGGAGGCUCUGAUCGAAUUGGAGGAGACUUACCACGUUACAAGAAGGACACGGUAACAAUAAUUCAAGAGUAUUUCCUCUCCGAUGACAUCCUUGAGCUAAUCCGAAGUCUUGAAAACUUAGGAUCACUUGAAUACAACUCAGUGUUCCUAAAGAAGCUCAUCACUCUUGCUAUGGACAGGAAGAACAAAGAGAAGGAGAUGGCAUCUGUUCUUCUCUCUGCUCUUCACAUGGAGAUGUUCUCAACAGAAGAUUUCAUAAACGGAUUCAUCAUGCUCCUCGAAUCCACAUAAGACACAUCGUCAGACGAGCUUUCUCUGUUUCUAGCUCGAGCUGUGAUCGGUGAUGAUGUCUUAGCUCCGCUUAACCUGGAAAAGAUCUCAAGCAGCUUACCUCCAAAGUCAACAGGAAGCGAAACCAUCCGCUCAGCUCGGUCUCUCAUAUCCGCAGGAGAGAGACUUCUGAGAAGCUGGGGUGGAGGAACAGGCUAGGCAGUGGAAGAUGCUAAAGACAAGAUAUGGAAAACUUCUGGAAGAAUACGAAACGGUAGGAGUGCAUACCGUGAUCUAGGGAUGCCGUUUUUCAACCACGAGGUGGUUAAGAAAGCUCUGGUAAUGGCCAUGGAGAAGAAGAAGAAGGAUGGGAUGCUAAAUCUCUUGGAAGAGUGUGAUAGAGUCUUGAUAUCCAGAACUCUAUGA